GUUUCUCACUCACACCUGAGAUACCCCAAGGUGUGGUGAUUCAAGGUAACAACAGCAACCCUGCCAGCGAGAAGUUCAGAAGAGUUCGCAACUGGAGCAUCACCAAAUAUAAGGCCUUUGCAGCUCACAGCUUGUCCUGUCAGAAUUUCCUGGAGAAAAACAUCCAAGAGGCCGGAGAACAUCUCAACAACGUCAGCACCGAUGUCCCCUCCUUCCUGGAAGAAAGUUGACACAGCAAAGCAACAACCAAUAGAGCUGUAAGGCAGAAUCAGAGGGAGUCAGAGGAACAUUUGGCAUUCAUGGAUUCUCUGUGAGAAAAGUUUGGGAGUACUCAGCUAGAAAUGUUUAAUGUGAUUAAUUCAUUUAUACCAGAGUGGAAUUUAAUUUGUUAGAUUUGGGAUGAAUUUCCAGCCUCACAAAGAGCUCUGGAAACAAAGUUGAGUGUUCGCUACAGAAAAUUGGGAGUUAGCAAAAAUAAUUUAUUUGGGAUGUAGAAAGGGUUUCAUGGGUUCUGGUGCAACUCAUGGAGGUGUGGAAAGGCUCAAAAUGUGAGUCUGUAAUAAGUCUUAAAAAUAAUUCUGAUUUAAGAGAAAUAUCAUCUCAUUCAUUCAGUAAAAUGCAUUUAUUCAUAGACAUACAAACACUCUCCUGGGUUUCUUACCUCUGUUUCAGUGUGUUGGGGAGUAAAUCCAUCUAAUCCUCCAGGAGUCAGUAAGCCUUUCUUUGAACUUCCAAAAUCCUCAGCCACUGCAGUCACAAGCUCACAGCUCCCGAAAGUGCCUCAACACCACUGCUGGAAAACAGUUUCAUAGU